CAUGCGCAUUGAGGUUCACCCUAAAUCAGCAGUAUGAGAGAAUGGUCCAUGCAAUCGUGAUUCCUCUCCUCGUCCCAACUCCGAGGUUACUCCAUUGAAUUUGAAAUUUAAAAUGGUUAAGGUACGAUUUGAGGUUAUGGUUAAGGUUAGGGAACUGUAGUAGGGGUUAAGGUUAGGGUUUAGGGUUUAGGGUAGCCUCGUCCCAAGGUACCCGGGUAGCACUACCCAGGAUAAAAUGGCAGCACCUUUGAGGCAAGGAGGACAGCAGCCUCUGGAUGCUGCUAACCUCAAAGACCUGAGAGUUGCUCUGAAUGGCUUCUUGGCUAAAGGAGAGCCGCUCAAGCUGGAGACUAAGUCUGACCCCCUCCAUCUUGGGUGGAAUGACAGUCAGCGUCAGGGACAAAAAAUGAUGCACCAAGUCACUGGCAGCAGCAAUGACUAUUGCAUGAGUGGCCUUGCAGAGGAAUGUCAACACCCAACCAGCCACUUUGACUUAUGUAGCUCGCAAUCCAACAAAUUCUACCCUUCGCCUCCACCCCCUACUCUACAGCUGCCCCACCCAAACCUGCACAAGCCCAUGCCCUGUCAAAUGCAACAAGAGACCCAGAAUGAGUUCCACCCUCAGACAGUGAGGAUCCGAGGGCCCAGUGAGGCUCCAACUGGGACAGAGAGCUCCAAGAAAAAGAAAGGAGGCGUCGUCAAGUCCGGCCGUAGAGGGAGACCCUCGGGGACCACGAAGUCAGCCGGUUACCGGACAAGCACUGGGCGUCCGUUGGGGACCACGAAAGCUGCUGGGUUCAAGACCAGUCCCGGCAGGCCUCUGGGUACUACCAAAGCGGCAGGCUACAAGGUUAGCCCUGGCAGGCCUCCUGGUAGCAUCAAGACUCUGGCUCGGCUCAAGAAACUGGAGUACGGGAGCUGUGAUGGUACCAAGAAACUAGGCUUCAGUAACUGCGUCGGCGGAGCCAAGAAACUGGACUAUGCCAGCUGUGAUGGUACCAAGAAAUUGGACUAUGCCAGCUUCGAAGUGGCACCUUUCCCUUACAACCUGAUGCAGAAACGAGGCUUGCGUGAGCCUACUGGCAAAGUGGAGGAACCUAACGAGUAGUUAUGCCUGCGUCUCGUAUCUAUUGCCUGGAAAUCAUAUUUGAGUGCUUGUGUUAAGGGUGUUGACGAGCAGGGACUCAUGUAGCCAAAAUAUUGGUUUACUUUUGGACAUGUCUGGCACUGGUUACUAACGAAUGGCUCCUCCUCUCUUCAUUGCACUCUGCUGAUAUUGUCACCAUGUAAUCUGUCCCUAUCCAAAGACUGAAAUCGCUCUCUUUUUUUCAAUAAGUUUGUUAUCUUAUUUUACAGAAAUUGCAUGAUAAAGCAUAUAAAAAAUAAAAUCAAUAUACUUUAGCUAAACAGGAAUGAGAAAUAGCCUACUAUUCAUCAUAAUCUAGUCAAAUGCUCGCUGUCUGGAGAAGGGUUGAUGUGUUGUUUAAAUGUUUAAAUAUCUGACUUCCAUUCAUCUGUUUAUUUUAUGCUCUGAUAUAAUGUGCUUUUAUCAUUAGUAGUUUGCUUGUCCUCCUGAUGUUUUCCACAUUGAAAAUGCAUCUGAGUAGAAAACAACACAAAACACACUAGCAAAACAUGAAUCUUAGUAGGAAACAACACAAAACACACUAGCAAAACAUGAAUCUUAGUAGGAAACAACACAAAACACACUAGCAAAACAUGAAUCUUAGUAGGAAACAACACAAAACACACUAGCAAAACAUGAAUCUUAGUAGGAAACAACACAAAACACACUAGCAAAACAUGAAUGUUAAGCACCUCCCAGAGUGCGUGUGGCAGUGUUUGUGUCUUUUAGUGUUGUAUGGUAUAACAUAUUUUUUAUUUGUGUUUAUACAUAGCAUAUUUAUACACAGGAUUUCAUGCAAUAUAACAUUGUUACAACAUGUUUUUUGAAAUUGUGCUUGAACUUUUGGGCCUCCCGAGUGGCACAGCGGUCUAAGGCACUCCACCGCAGUGCUAGAGGCGUCACUUCAGACCCGAGUUCGAUCCCGGGCUGUAUCACAACCGGCCGUGAUUGGGAGUCCCAUAGGGUGGUGCACAAUUGGCCCAGCGUCGUCCAAGUUAGGGGAGAUUUUGGCCGGGGUAGGCCGUCAUUGUAAAUAAGAAUUUGUUCUUAACGGACUUGCCUAGGUAAAUAAAGAUAAUAAAAUUAAACUGACACGAACACAGUGCAUCUGAAAACCUCUCAUAAUACUUAUUUGACGACAAAGGAAUUGUUAUUUCUAACUCUUUGUGAAUAUGAAUGGUUUUGUCUUCUCAAUGUACUGUAUUAUUCUUUGUUCUCACAAGUUAACUAUCAAUUGAUUAAAGCAAACCCAGAAUGGUG